AAUGGAGGCUAAAUCCAAAAAACCCUUUUCUCCUAAAGGUGGAAAGAAGCUUUCACAGAAAGGGAAAGAUUCCAUGGGGACCAAACUUGGUGGAAAGCCAGGUGGUAAAAAGCCCUUCAAACCGUACAACAACACAGAGAAGAAGGGCAAACCGUGGAAGGGUGGAGAAGGUGGCAAGAAAGAACACAAAUCAGCUUUCUCCAAAGCCGGGACGGGCCAGCAGAAGAGGAAACUGCCAUUUAAAGCGAAAAAUGAAGAAGACGAGGGCGAAGGUCCGGCUAAGAAGAUGAAGAAAGGCGAGUUGAAGACGGAGGAGCUGACGGAGGAGGAGCUGAAGAAGAACAGGCAGCAGAUUAAGAAGGACCUGAAGAAUAGCAGACAGCAUGCGGAGAGGAAGGACAUGUUCGAUGUCAUCUGUCAGUGCAAACGAAUGUGGGGAGACCUCAGGAGGAAGAAGUGUGACAAAGAGUUGAAGACGAAACUGAUGAAGGACCUUCAUGAUCUGAUGCGCGGGAAGAUCAAACAGAUGGCGUUUGCUCACGACUCAGUGCGAGUGCUGCAGUGUUUCACUCAGUUCGGCAACCACGAGCAGAGACAGGAAGUGUUUGAGGAGCUCAAAGGUGACAUCAUCGACCUGUGUAAGUCGCAGUACGGCAAACACGUGGUGAAAAAAAUGCUGAUGUACGGGAACAAGGAGCUGGUGGCGUCUGUGAUACAAACAUUUAAAGGUCACGUGCGGCCGAUGCUUCGCCAUGCCGCCGCCUCGUCCAUCAUCGAAUACGCCUACAACGACAAAGCCGUGCUCGCACAGAGACUCAUGCUCACUGAGGGACUUUACGGGAACACCUUCACUGUCUGCAAGUCGGGAGUGUGCAACACCAUCGAGAAAGUUGCGGAGGCGAACCCGGAUAAGCUGAACAACAUCAUCGACGAGAUGAAGCAGAUUCUCACACCCAUGGCCCAGAAAGAACAAGUCAUCAAACACUCUCUGGUCCACAAAGUCUUCCUGGACUACUUCCUGUUUGCACCAGACAAACCGAGAACGGAGAUGAUCGAGUCGAUCAGAGAAGCUGUCGUCUACAUGGCUCACACACACGACGGAGCACGGGUGGCAAUGCACUGCCUGUGGUUCGGGACCGCCAAGGACAGAAAAGUCAUAAUCAAAACUAUGAAGACCUUCAUGGUGAAGUUUGCCACGGGAGAGUUCGGUCACCUAGUUCUUCUGGCCAUGUUCGACUGUGUGGACGACACCAAGCUGGUCAAACAAGCCGUGCUCUCAGAGAUCUUGUUGUCUCUGGAUGAGGUCAUCGGUAAUAAAUACGGUAAGAAGGUUUUGUUGUACCUGCUGAGCCCCAGAGACCCCGCUCACCUGCUGCCGGAGAUCAUCAAGGUGCUGGAGCGAGGAGACGGAAACACACACAGUAAAAAGGACAUGGGGAUUCGGAGGAAGGAGCUGCUGGAAGUCGUCUCCCCCACGCUACUGGAGCAUCUCCGUGACAACGCUACUUUCAUGGUGAUGGACAAGGCGUCCAGCGUCACCAUCAGUGACAUCCUGGCGUCUGCCUGCGGGGACCUGCGGCCUGCUAUGACUGCCGUGGCUCAGCUGGCCAAUCAUGAGUUGGUGCCAGGAGGGAUCGACGGACAGCUUCACAUGGCGGAGCAUCCAGCAGGACACCUGGUGCUGAAAUGGCUCCUGGAGCAGGACAUGACACUGGCAGAGGCCGGCAAGGAAGAGCGGUUUGGCAGGAUACUGCUGGACACCGUGGGAACAGAAACACUGAAGAGCUGGGUCAAAGUCAACAGAGGAGCAAUGGUGCUCUGCAGCCUCCUAAACAGCUAUGACAAGUCUGUGGCUGCAGAGGUGAAGGCAGCGCUGGAGUCCAUCAAAUCAGAGCUCGGCAGCAUCGGCAACAACAAAGGAGCUGAAAUCCUGCUGGAGAAUCUGAACAAGUAGAGACUUUUUUUAUUCCAAACAGACUGGUGAUGUUAAACGCAUCACUUCCCGCGCAGCAGUGCCUCUUUUCCCAGAAAUCUCCAACAAGACUUUGUGGCUGAGAUUUCAGGAAGUGGAUACAACCCGGAACACUGUCCGUCCCUAAUGGACAAGAAUUUGUGUGGAAAUGUUGGCAAUGAAAUAAAAGGUGUUUGGAGGACGAGGCGAUGCUAUAGGUUGAAAUACACACAUGUCACUUAUGUAGACGUAACCUAAAUGUACAACACAUAACAUACUUUGCCAUUUUCUUCCAUCACUGGCUGCCUGUCAAUGAAUCUUAUGUGGUAAAAUAACAACAUUGCCAUUUGAGACUCUCGAGGCUUUUAAAGUCUGUAGGACGUGUCGAGUUUCAUUGACAGUAGCCUAACACCAAAUGGAAAAAAAUGAUCUACAGUUGAAGAAUAGAAACUCAGCAGCCAACUGGUGAAUAUGACAACAUCCUGUGCCGUUGGAUUUAGCACUGACAAACUGUCCCUGUGGCUUUAAACUAACCUGGACGAAGACAUCUGUAAGGCCACACCACCUAAAGUGAACUGGUCCUUUUAACACCCCUGACUGUUUGUGCCAUCCUGUUUCAGAUUUUUUUACUAGGAGUGAUAAUUGUAUUUGCCGAAAAGAAAAUUACUUUGCAAAAAUAAAGAUUGUAUCUCAUA